AUGGGCGAACACAUCAACGACGUUCCUUUCACCCUCAAGGAUGUGCCGGUCGAGAACCAGAGGCCGAUGAAAGUUAUCAUCAUUGGGGCAGGCUUCUCAGGCAUCUACACCAGCAUCAGGAUAUCUCAGCGGCUCAGAAAUGUUCAGCUACAGGUAUACGAACAAAAUGAGGGACUUGCGGGUGUUUGGUGGUUGAACCGCUACCCAGGGCUGGCGUGCGAUAUCCCAUCCUACUCUUAUCAGUUCAGUUUUGCCCCGAACCCAUACUGGUCCUCUCUCUACGCCCCAGGACCCGAAAUUCGAGCUUAUAUGACGGACGUUGCUGAAAGAUAUGGUGCCACGCGCUAUAUCAAAACUUCUCACGCCGUCAAGGAGUGUAUUUGGGACGCUGGAAAGAAGAUCUGGAGAGUCAAGGUCCACAACAUCAAGACCGACGAAGUCUUCGAGGACACAGCAAAUGUCGUCAUAUCAGCCAAGGGCGGCUUGAACCAAAUCAUUGUCGAUCUCCGCCACAAGCGGGUUGGCGUUAUUGGCAAUGGGUCCAGCGCAAUUCAAAUAGUGCCAGCCAUUCAACCGCUCGAGGGAAUCAAGGUUUGGAACUUUGCCCGAAGCCCUACUUGGGUAUCGAAUUCCUUUGGGGACAUUGCAAUGAUGAAGCUUGGAAGAGAGCCUGGGAAUUCAAAAUUCUCUCGCCGGGAUCAGGAAUACAUGGCACGGCAUCCGGACCACUACCACAAAAUGCGCAAGACAUUGGAGAAAGAGGCCAGCAAAAAGUACUUUUUCACUCUCAAAGACUCACCUGAACAGGCCAACGCGGUGGGAAAGUUCCAGGAUUACAUGAAGAAACGCCUAGAGGGCCGGCCUGAUCUUUACGAAGCCAUUAUCCCAACAUUUGCUCCUGGAUGCCGCCGACUUACCCCGGGACCUGGAUAUCUGGAGGCCCUCAAGGAGGACAACGUUACAUUCUGCAACACACCUAUUCAGGAGAUGUCUGAAAAGGGUCUGAAGCUCAGCACCGGAGAGGACAUAGAACUGGACGUUGUGGUUUGCGCAACAGGAUACAACGUCGGAGCACCACCAACGUUCACAGUGACUGGUCGCAACGGCGUGACGCUGGAGCAGAAGUGGGCACCUCACCCAGAGACAUACCUCUCUGUCGCUGUGGACGAAUUUCCCAACUUUCUACUCAUCGGCGGACCAAACUCGGGCCUCGGCUCUGGUAGUCUCCUCAGCGUCUUUGAAGGACAAGGCGACUACGCAGUCAAGAUGAUUCGCAAACUACAAAAGGAGGAUUACUCAACCUUUGAGGCCAGACCGGAGCGUGUUGCCGACUUUAGCCACUACAUCGAUGAGUACUUCAAGCGGACCGUCUACACAGAUGACUGUUCGUCGUGGUAUCGAUCACAAACCACAGGAUCACGAAUCGUCGGUUUGUGGCCUGGAUCGUCGGCACAGUGUCUCGAGGUCUUGCGGGCUCCGCGAUGGGAGGACUAUGUCUUUGACAGCGCUGAUCCUACUGGAAACCUCCUGCGAUGGCUUGGUGAUGGAUCUAGCUUGACCCUCACUGAAGGUGACCCGUCAUGGUUCCUGGAGUAUGAGGCUACUGAUGCCCCUCUGGAAGGAAAGCCUGAGGAGAGCGAGGUUUAUAGUCGUCACACGAUUCUCUUUCACCUCGGAAUUGCAGACAUAUACGCGUUACACGCAACAUGUCGAUCGCUGCGUUGGCUGGUUGGUUACAUGACCGACUCGCCACGUCUGCUCAACAUCAACAAACAACUGGGACCCUUUGUCAAGGACCCGAUGCGCUUCCGAAGUGAGCUGGGCAAGUACGAUGGACUCAUUGCGGGAGAUUUCGUUCGAAACUUCUUCGAGUUCGGUCGUUGGGAAGUCACCACACUGCUCUUAUACGUUGAACAAGGGCUCAAGUCACAAGGCUUCAUCGACUAUUUGCGAGAUCAUGAAGGGUACAGAACGCAAUCACAGCAACACAGAAUCUUGGAAAGAAACAAAGCUCCAGGUUUCUAUAUCGUCAUGAAGGCUACAACCGGUCCUCCGAUUAUCAACCUCAUUAAUGAGGCCUAUACGACGGCUGGCCUAAACGUGAUAUCCUGGAAUAAAGCCUACUCACUACUCCCAAUUCCGACUGUUGUGCGUCACAAGUUCUACCCUAUCAAACCCUUCGACAAUGCGCUCGGUCAAACACUUCGGCAACGUGCUAAAUGGGGUUGGACAACUCGCGAUAUGCUUUGGCCGGAUCAAACAACCCAAUUAAUUUCCCGAAAGCAGUGCCGUCAAAUUGGUGGACCCCACUCGCUUGUUGUAGACCUUGGGAAUGUAUCUCCUGGGGAUUACACUCCUGACUAUGUCCUUGAUGGAAGUGUCUUCUCUGUUGUGUGGGAAUCGAGGGCUGGUAUUCGGCGCUUAUCAGUCAGUAUACAGCCUGCGGUCGAGUCCACUGCACUGCGCUACACAUACACAAACGGUGGAGGUGGCAAGGCUUGGAGAGCUUGGGAGAAGUUCUUGCACGACCGAUUAGACCGUUGGGUCUAUGUUGAGAUUGCCAAGAUGGGCCAGGAGCAGCGGCCACCAGGGUUCUUUUUCAUGGCACCUGGUAACUACCGUGUCCCUAUUCCCUCUGGCUAUGAGCUCCCCGACACAUGGGACUAUGCAGAUGAUCAAAUCAUAUCAUGGUUUCAAGAGUGGGACAGGGAUGAGGGGACGAAUCAUGGAUCCUUUGGCUAUUGA